AAGCUACAACCGCCCCUAUCUACUGAUUGGACCUCAACUAUAUAUGCCAUUUAAGUUAAACUAUUUUCAGAACUAGAGGUUUCUCACAGCAAAGAAAUGGAGAAUGAUGAGGUGAUUUUAUUAGGCUUCUGGCCUAGCUAUUUUGCCACGAGGGUCAAGGUUGCGCUAGCUGAAAAGGGGAUCGAAUACAAGUACAAAGAAGAAGAAGACAUGUUAAGCGGUAACAAAAGUCCUUUGCUUCAAAAGAUGAAUCCUAUCCACAGGAAAAUCCCUGUUUUGAUUCACAACGGAAAACCUGUUUGUGAAUCUCUCGUUGCAGUCGAGUACAUCGAUGAGGUAUGGAAGGACAGAGCUCCGUUGUUACCUUCUGAUCCUUAUGAGAGAUCACAAGCUAGGUUCUGGGCUGACUACACUGGCAAGAAGUUGUAUGAAUUCGGGAGAAGUUUAUGGACUACCAAAAGAGGAGAGUUGUUGGGAGGUAAGAAGGACUUCAUAGAUUCACUCAAGUUACUGGAGCUGGAAGCAUUGGGUGACAAGCCUUACUUUGGAGGGGAAAGCUUCGGUUUUGUGGAUAUCGCUACGAUUGGAUUCUACAGCUGGUUUUAUGUCUAUGAGACCUUUGGCAACUUCAGCAUAGAGGCUGAGUGCCCGAAGCUCGUCGCUUGGGGUAAGAGAUGCAUGCAGAGGGAGAGUGUGUCUAAGUCUCUACCUGACCGUCAUAAGAUCUAUGAGUUAAUAGUAGAAUUUAGAAAGAAAUAUGGAGUAGAAUAGACAUAUUCAUGUGCUUCAUAAUCCAUAAGGGGUCCUCCAUUCUGCCUAGCCGAGCAGUCGUCUCAGUAUUGUCUAUGUGAUUCUUCUGCAGCUUCUCUUUGGUCUGUGAAAUUACUGCUCAAAGUUCCUACUUUAUCCCAUCAGGAUAUGAAUAAUGUGAACAGAUGUGUUGUUCUUCCUUA